AUGAGUGAGAAAAAACUGGUAGUUGAAAUAAAAGAGGCAGUUUGGAAGGUGAAAAAUGACUUGUUGACCAAUACUCCACUGGUAACUGAGGCUGAACUAACCAAAGCAUUAGCAAAAGACGGCUUGAUUACUGUAAUUACGGAGAUAAGAACUGAUAAGCAGAAGUUUAGCACUGAAUUUAAAACUUUUGCGACCGCGACGGAUAAUGAAAUUUGGCAUUACUACGGCAAAAUCACCACUGGUCGCCGAGCGGCCGAAUUAUAUAAUGCCGGAAUAAAAGAGGUCCGGGACGAUGGUUCAAUUGAAGUAGAAGGCAAAAGCUAUGAUUUAAACAGUGCUGACGGUCUAACUAAUUACCUUCGUGACCAGGAAAUUAAAGCCGAAAAGCAAAAAUAUGCCGAUAUUUUGGCACAGAUUCAGCAAGCCACGACCGCCCAACAAGCGUUAGAUCAAAGCCUGCUCGCGGGUCAGAAAAAGCAAGAUUUAGUAGACGCCCAGGCCAAACGAAAACAGGAAAUCCAAGCACUGACCGCGGCUAAAAACCAAGCCAAAACGGCGGUAAAGGCUGCCCAAACGGCCAUUAAAACCACCCGGGAAGUUCAGAAGAAAGAGAAAUUUGGUGAGGAUUAUGCUACUUUGAGACCAAUUCAACAAAAAGGUAGAGAAAAGAUUGCGGAAAAACACAAAAAAGAAGUUCACUAUACCCGCAGUAAAGUUUGUCGUUAUUGUCCGGAAGAGUUUCAUUAUGAUAAAAGCCUAGAACAUCUAGCGGCUGAGAAAAAAAUUGCAGCAGAAUUAGCCGCCCACGAAAAUAAUUGCUCGUUGAAAAAUAAAAACGAGGAACCAAAACAUCUAAAACUCGUCAUUUCUAUGCUUGUCGCCACUGUUGAGCAUGAAUGCCAGGUUGAAGGAACUAAAAAAAUUGCGAUCUAUUUUUCCCCUAAUCAAGGCGGUAAUGAACAUGCGGAUUUAACUUAUGCGGACAAAAUUAGUGAAAGUAAAUUAACUCUGGAAAAAGAUAAUCAAGGAGAGUAUGAUUGGCGAUUGGUUGGAAUAAGAAAAGAACCUGAACAAAAUAAAAAAAAUCCUUUGCAGGAGGAGAUUAAAAAGAAGGAUGAAGCAGUUUAUUUAGUGCCUGUUUUAGAUAUUGAUGGAACCAGUACUAAUCCUGACUUUUCCACUUUAAAUCAAAAACUAAAAGGAGUUUUGCAAAAAUUAAAGAAACAAGGUCAUAAAAUCUGUUUUACCACUGGACGAAAUUACUUGUCUGCUUUGCCUUUUUAUAAGGAAGUAGGUCUAGAUACUUUUUUAAUUACCUAUAACGGAGCUUUUAUUAAUAAUCCUUCUAAAAAUAACGCUGAAGAGUUAGUGCUUAACCCGAUUGCUAAUCAAACGGUUAAGGAUAUCCUAGGUGAACCAAUAAUCAAACAAAAUCUUUGUAAUACUUUAGUUGACAAGUUAGAUCGUACCACCAUUAGUACUAGCGAUGACAUUUACUACGAAGAGAUUUUUUUUAACGGUAACCCCUACACGAAGGGCAAAGAUAUUUUAAAACUUCUGGGAGAGCAAGAUGCUUUGCAAUUAGUUUUAGAAUUUCCUAAAAAUGAAGAAAUGUUUAAUAAUAUUUUAAUGCUGUUACGUAGUAAAUAUAGUGCUUCGGUUACUUUUUAUUCUGGAAGUAAAUUAAAAGCUAAAAAUCCUGCCAGUUAUUAUAAUAUUCCUUUAUCCCAUACGAUUGCUUUUGGUAAUGACGUUAAUGAUAUAGAAUUAAUGCAUACGGUUGGUAAAGGUAUUGCGACAGCUGAUAGCGAAAGUUUCCUAAAAACCUAUGCCUAUGGAAUAACUGAUUGCGGAGCCCUUAACAGUGAUGGAGAAAGAAAUAGCAUUACAGAAUUAAAAAUUAGAAGAGAAAAUCUUGAAGGUCAUCUUGAUUUACAAGACUUUAUAAACUUAGAAAUUUUAGACUGCUCGCAAAAUCAACUUGCUAGUUUAGACCUAAGCAAAAACAUAAAGUUAAAAGUAGUUAAUAUUUAUGACAAUCGGAUUAGUUGCACCAAACUCGAUAUUUUCUCACACUUAGUUAAUUUACAAAAGUUAGAUUUAGGUUUCGAUAUCCACAGACAAUUGCAAAAAUCGGAAGAAGAGUUGUCUAUCGAGGGACAAAAAAACAUUGCUGGAAAACUAGAAGGUUUGCCUUCUAGUGUUGAAACUCUUGAUUGUAAAGAAACACCUUUUCAAAAGGAUUUGGAAAGUUUUGGUCAUAGCCGCAACCUUGAAGUUUUAAGGCUAACUCGAAAAAUCGAGAAAUUGGAAAAUGAAAACAGAGAGGAACGCGAAGCCCGCGAGGAUUUCAUGAAAACAAAUGGAAAGAAACUCACUAAAGGACAAAUUAGAAGAAAUAUUGUAAGAAAAACUAAACAAGCAGGAAUUAAAAAAGUGAUUAGCCCCCACACAUUUAGAAGAAGUUUAGCCACUAAUUCCUAUAAUUGUGGAAUUAAAUUGCAAACUAUCCAAAAGCAACUAGGACAUUCCAAUUUAGAUACUACUUUGGGAUAUAUUCACAAUGAUUAUCAAACUUUGUAUGCUGAUUAUAAAACUAACCAAGAAUUGAUUAGGAAAUUAAAAACUAAAAUUGCUAGUAAAGAAAUUAGUAAGCGGGAGUUAAAUGAUUUAACUAAUUCUCUAAUGUCUUCUCAAUAUGAAGAAAAAAAAAUUGAACUAGCAGUUGAUUCAUUAUUGAAAGAAAUUAAGCCGCUUCUAAUCUUAAUCGUUAGAAGCGAAUUAAAAGAUAAGCAUUUAGCGGUCGUGAUUUCUAAUGACAUCCAAAACCAAGUUAGUCCAGUAGUCAUUAUUUUGCCGAUUACUUCUCGUAAGAAAGGAGAUAAACUUUAUCAUUUUGAGAUAGAAACCUACUUUAACAGAAAAACUGGUAAAAUCUUAGUUGAUCAGAUUACCACAGUGGACAAGCACCAAGAAAAAGGAAGUGUUAGUUGCAAUGAUUGCAAAACUGAAAGAGAAAGAAAUAAUCCAUUUCAUAAUGCUCUUCAAAAGCCCCUGCAUUGUGAAAUAUGUCUAGCUCAGUUGGGUAGACUUGAAAAACAAAUAAAUAUUCCUGUUGAAAGUCAGCAUGUAAUUUUAGUUGAUGAAUGUUAUGAAGACAGAAAAGAUCGGCAAGAUGAAAAUGAUGAAAAAGAAGAUUUUAAUAAUGCAUGUUGUGUUUCCUGCCGUCCUGGUAAAACACCUCAAGAAAUUCAACAAAAAUACCAAGAAUAUAAAGAGCAGGUAAUGAAAGAUGGAGAAAAUCACGAAGACUAUGGUAAAAAAAGAAGUGAAAUAACUGAAUUAAACAUUAGUAAUCAAAAUAAUUUAGAAGGUUCUUUAAAGUUAGAAGAUUUAGAUGUUAGUAAUUGUAAACAGUUGAAAGAACUUUAUUGCUAUAAAAACCAACUGACUCAAUUAAUCUUAUCUAACAAUAUAGAGUUACUAAAAUGUUGUGUUAACCUACUUACUGAUUUAGAUUUUAAUACUCUUAGUAAAAGUUUAACUAAACUCGACUUAACCAAUAAUAACUUCCCUCCUCAGGAUUUAAGUAGUUUUUCUAGGUUUAUUGAGUUAAAAGAUUUAAGAAUAGGCACAACUUCCCAAGAAAACAUUAAUCAAAAUCUUUAUAAUAGGUUCAUAGAUUCUUUAGAACCCUUAAAAAAUUUGAAUAAAUUAGAAACAUUGGGUAUUAGCAAUACCGACCUUCAUGAAGGAACAGAAUAUUUACCUAAGAGUUUAAAGUAUAUUGGGUAUUCCACCAAAGAAAGACCUGAUUGUAAAUUAACUGUUUUAGUUUCUUGA